AUGCCAUUUAAACGGACUCCACCACGUAUAGCAUCCUCGACGGAACCCAGGGAAUCACCAUACCACGGUGGCUCCGAACCCAACAUCUCUACCUAUAAGGAUGAUUCUGAUGUAGGAGAUUUUUCCACUAACAUGAGUACGCGUGCAACUAAACGGAAACAUGACCAAGACUUCAAAGAUGAGCUACAGGCAUUUAAAGUAGACAUCCUUAGUACCCUGAACUCUUGGAAGGAUUCUCAAGAAAAUAAGAUGGAGACAAUUCUUAUGAGCAUAAACAAGCUUCGCAACGAAUACAAAGAAUUGCACACAAGCGUGAAAUUUAUGAGCAGUAAUUAUGAUGAGAUAAGGGAAAAAAUUGCUUCACUAGAUAAAGAAAAACAAGAACAACUAAAAUGUAUUCGAGAACUCGAAAACAAGAUAAAUCUAUGGAGAGAAAUCAAAAAUGAUCCACUAUAG